UCUCCCCAAUCUCCGUCUCUCUCCUCCAAAAUUCAAAAACCCCGCAAAACCCCUCUCUCUCUCUCUCUCUCUCUCUCUCUCUCUCUAUUACACUCUCACUUCCAAGCCUCCCAGUCCGACCGGAAGAAUGAGGGAAGAAGAGAUAGAGAAGCUGAGAGGAGUGGUUAGGGAUUGCGUGAGCAAGCACCUCUACUCCUCGGCGAUCUUCUUCGCCGACAAGGUCGCCGCGUUCACCUCCGACCCCGCCGACAUCUACAUGCAGGCCCAAGCGCUGUUCCUCGGCCGCCACUACCGCCGCGCCUUCCACCUCCUCAACGCCUCCCAGAUCGUCCUCCGCGAUCUCCGCUUCCGCUACCUCGCUGCCAAGUGUCUGGAGGAGUUGAAGGAGUGGGACCAAUGUCUAUUAAUGCUUGGUGAUGCUAAAGUAGAUGAACAUGGGAAUGUGAAUAUCACGAAGGAUUGCAGCGUCAUGUACUUAGAUAAAGACGGAGAAGAUCGUGAGAUCAAUAUUUCAUCCGCAAUAUGCUUUUUAAGAGGCAAGGCAUAUGAAGCUCUGGAAAAUCGUGCCCAGGCUCGGCAAUGGUACAAAGCUGCUGUCAAAGCUGAUCCUCUGUGUUAUGAGGCACUAGAGCGUCUAAUUGAAAAUCAUAUGCUUACAUGCGAAGAAGAAACAAGUCUACUUUCUUCAUUGCAAUUUGCUCCUGAAGACGGAUGGAUCUCGUCAUUCUAUUCAUGUUUGAUAAAGAAGUAUGAUAAGGAAAAUGUCGUAGAAGCCAAAUUCAGAGAACUGGAACAAGAGGGUUGUAACAUUAAAUCCUCAGAGCAGUCCUUAGCAAACAACACUGACCUUUUGGCCUGCAAAGCAGAAUACUACCAUCAAUGUGGUGAAUAUCAAAAAUGCUUUGAGCUAACUUCCGUAUUGCUUGAAAAGGAUCCCUUCCAUUUGAAAUGUACGCUUGUGCAUUUAGCAGCUGCUAUGGAGCUUGGGCAUUCAAAUGAACUCUAUCUUAUGGCCUGCAACUUAGUAAAGGAUUAUCCUCAAAAGGCUUUGUCUUGGUUUGCGGUUGGUUGCUACUACUAUUGUAUAAAAAAGUUUGAUCAAGCACGACGGUACUUCAGCAAGGCUACAAAUCUAGACGGGACAUUUCCGCCAGCUUGGAUUGGUUACGGUAAUGCUUAUGCAGCUCAAGAAGAAGGCGACCAAGCAAUGUCAGCUUAUCGCACUGCUGCUCGUUUGUUUCCUGGGUGCCAUUUACCAGCUCUAUAUAUUGGGAUGGAAUACAUGCGAACCCACAGCUUCAAACUUGCUGAGCAGUUUUUCAUGCAGGCAAAGACAGUAUGUCCCUCGGAUCCACAUGUGUAUAACGAACUUGGAGUUGUUGCUCAUCAUAUGAAGGAGUAUAAAAAAGCAGUGCGGUGGUUUGAGAAGACUUUGGCUCACAUUCCGUCAUCGUUAAGUGAAAUGUGGGAACCAACCGUGGUUAAUCUGGCCCAUUCAUUGAGAAAAUUAAAGAGGUACCAUGAGGCGAUUACGUACUAUGAGAAAGCACUUGCACUAUCAACCAGAAGUUUGAGCACCUAUGCAGGUCUUGCCUACACUUACCAUUUGCAGGUACAUAUUAUUUGCGCAGAUUUUAAUUAUUUUCCGCAUCUGGUGUUAAUAUGACACUGAAGAGGAAGUUCCACAUAAAUAUAUCCUUGUGAUCUUCUGCAAUUGGCUUUAUCAAUUGGAUCAAGGAAACUAGUGUUUUUCAACAGGAAAGUACCCUUUUCUUUCUAUGGGAACUGAGAAUCACCUGUUUCAUUGUUAACUAGAACAAAAUUUUAGUUUUUGGCAUGUUGUGAAUCUGCAUUUUAUAUUGCAUUGCUCUAUGAGGGUAAUGCAUGUGACUUGUUUGGUUAGUUUGUUUCCAGGAUGAUCUACACCAGAGUGAAGUGAGAAAAAUCAUAUGGCCUGAAAUAAAUAUGAUGUUUCAAUUACCAAAUGAAAAAAAAAAGAGGUUAUUCCCAGACUUUUUAGUCUUGGACUGACAUGGUUUGUUGUCUCUUAAUGCAUGGGAUAAUUCAGCUCUAAGUAACUUGUAUGUUUGGCUAAACGAGCUUUUAAGGGAAUGCCAAGGUUUCAGAAAGUGACCAAACUAUUAAGGCCCGCCAACUCUAGAUUAAAGUCC